AUGGCUUAUGAUAAUUAUGGUCAUCCAAGGGGAAACAAAAGCCAUUAUGAAGAGCCUCAAGACCACUAUCAAGACCAAUAUGAAGGAUAUGAGGACUACAUACCCCAAGAAGGAUACAAUGAUGCUCAAUCUUAUGACCUUUAUCCAACUCAAGCUCCACCUAUAGAAGAUGAAUAUCAUAAUACUCCAUCACAAAAUCUCUAUUCACAAAAAGCCUACACUCAUAACUCUUACUCCAAAAACAUCCAAUACUCACGACCCCCUCAAAAUGAAAAAUAUUUCCCAUUCACUCAAAAUCCCCAAUACCCUCCAUACUCUCAAGAUCAUCAAGAUUACCUAUACUACGACCACUAUGAAGAUAGGGAGUACAUGAUGCAACCAUAUGAGGAGGAAAGCAAGGAAGACAUGAGGAACAAGAUCUUGACAAUGCUGGAAGAAUUAAAACAAGACAUAACUCACAUGAGACAAGAAUGUAAACAAGAAAUAAUGCGAGAAUUUGCCAAAUCUCCUCCCUAUGGCAAGAAACUCAAGCAUCAAUCAGGAACUUGGAAGAUCAAAUAA